AGGGAGAUGCUCUCUUCUUUUUUUGGGGUUUUGGAGAUGGAUAAUUUUGGUAACUACUUGGGUCUUCCGUCCUUUCGGGGUAUUUUACCAACUAUCUCAUCCCUCAAUUCUAAAGGGAUGGAACUAGACAACUUAUGCCCAAUAUGUGGGGAAGAGGGGGAAACAAUUGAUCACAUUUUUGUUUUAUGUCCUUAUGCAUCGGCUAUUUGGGAAGGGAUUGGAGUUCAGGUUUCAACAGUAGCCGCGGGUUCCUUUAUACAUUUUUUUGAAGGGCUUAUUGGUUCAAGGUCAUUGGGAGAGCUUAAAGUUACUGCAUAUGCAGUUUGGGCUUUGUGGAAGUCUCGUAAUGCAGCAGUUUGGGAAGGAAGGGUUUCGCUGUCGGCGGUAACUAUUCGGUUGAUUAAGUCACUGGUUGAACGUUGGCCGGACAGCCGUUUGGGGCAGCAAUUGAUUCUGCCGUCUUGCACUAUUCUAGGGCAGCGAAGUUCAGGGCAAGUGCGACAUUGCUUUGUUGAUGCCGCUUUGUUUCCUCAGGUCGGAGAGGUAGGAUUCGGUGCUGUUCUUCUUGAUCCAGGUGGUAGAUUUGUGAAAGCUUGUAACAGUAUUAUUCCGUGUUCUCAAGAUUCCCUUCUAGCAGAAGCAAUUGCGGUUAGAGAGGCUUUGGCUUGGUGAAAGAGAGAGGCAUGCUUGGAGGUGCAGCUUUUUUCUGAUAGCUGGAUGGUGGUGAAUGCCAUCAACCACACCACCAAUUCUCGCUCGUACUUUGGUUCGGUUAUUGAGGAGUGUAGGCUAUUUUUAUCUUCUUUUCGUUCAAUUUGUAUGUCUCAUGUUUGUCGAGAUUUGAAUGGUGUUGCUCAUGUGUUAGCCCGUCGAGCGGUUGCUCAACGUGGGGUUUGGGAAUCUGUUCCUCCAGACUUUAUUGUUUCUCAUUUUAUUUAAUGUGAUUUUUUCCUUCAAAAAAAAGAAUAUUUUCAUUCAUAUAAUUGAAGAAUUUAGAGUAUUUUCAAGAGAUAUGCAAAGAAAUUUACAUAAUUUAA